AUUGCCCAUCUUUCUGGAGAACAAGCAAAAAAUUUUAAGGACAUAGAAAAGGAAAAUUAAAUUUUCAAAUGUGGCAUCAGAGAGAGGGAAUAUUUACUUCUUUUUUCGCUGAGGACAUCGACUGUAUGUACCCACAAUGCAACAUAUUUUUUAGAGGCCAUGUUACUUGUUUCUUCAAUGGGUUUUGAUAGCAGCAAUGAGAAGGCAUGAAACUCUGCGUGUAUUUCACAGUUUCUCGACCAGUUACUGUUUGUUUUCGCACAUAGAGAAAUUCUGAAGUUGGUUUCUUGAUGAGCACCCCUUUACGGAGGGGUUAAGGCCGCCGAGAUUGGGCGCAUCGCGAGUAAGCACGUCAAGGUGCCGACAGCGUCCCGGAAAACUCCCUCAUCGCCCGGCAGUGAACGGGGGUCGGUCGCGGACAAGUCUGAGCGUAAAUUUUUAAAGAGGUCGAACAACAAAAGUCCGAUCAACAACAUGAAUCACUGCGAUGAACAAGAGCGACCGCAAAGUGAGCCAGAGGAGAUGGAAACGCAGGAGGCACCAGACGACUCUUUGGUCCCCGAAGUCCAGGCCACUGAGGUCAACAACACAGACGGUGCCAAAAAGGAUGAGGGCCGGAAAGAUGCAGAGGACCACGUUGCCAUUAACGGGGAUAUUGCAAUGGAAGGAGAAGGGGACCAGACGUUACUGGAAGAGAAUGCUGAAGAAGACGGUAGUCGUUCAGAGGCCACAUUUAAGUACACAGUGCAGGGCAUCAGCAAGUUCAAGGAGUCAUCACUCAGCCCAGCUGUGAUUGUACGGAACUUACCAUGGAAAAUCAUGGCGAUGCCGAGGACGUCAAACAGUGGGGAGCGCGCUAUGAAGACACUGGGUUUCUUCCUGCAGUGCAACGCCGAGUCGGAAUCACAGACGUGGUCUUGCCAGGCCUCAGCUGAGCUCCGAUUGUUGAACCAGAGAGACGGGAUGGAUUACUCAAAACGAAUCACACACUUAUUCUACAGCAAAGAAAAUGACUGGGGAUUCAGUAAUUUCAUAGCAAUGUCGGAUUUAUUAGAUCCAGAGAAGGGUUACAUGAAGGACGACAGCAUUGUCUUGGAAGUCAAGGUCAUUGCUGAUGCACCGCAUGGAGUCAGCUGGGACUCCAAGAAGUUAACAGGUUACGUGGGUCUGAAGAACCAAGGCGCAACCUGCUACAUGAACUCACUCCUCCAGUGUCUCUUCUUCACAAACCAACUCAGGAAGGCCGUGUAUUUGAUGCCCACAGAGAGCGACGACUCCGCCAAGAGCGUCCCCCUGGCAUUGCAAAGGGUCUUCUAUGAGCUCCAACACAGCGAGAAGGCUGUGGGUACCAAGAAACUCACCAAGUCAUUUGGCUGGGAGACCUUAGAUUCUUUUAUGCAACACGACGUCCAAGAGCUGUGCAGAGUGCUUCUGGACAACAUAGAAAUCAAGAUGAAAGGCACGUGCGUUGAAGGCACCAUACCCGAGCUGUUUGAAGGGAAGAUGCAUUCGUACAUCAAAUGUAAAGACAUUGACUACGAGUCCGUCAGAAACGAGCCUUUCUACGACAUUCAGCUCAACAUCAAGGGCAAGAAGAAUGUUUAUGAAUCUUUCAAAGACUACGUUGCCAAGGAGAUAUUGGACGGCGAGAACAAGUACGAUGCUGGCGAGCAUGGUUUACAGGAAGCAGAGAAGGGGGUGAUAUUCCACAAGUUCCCUCCCGUACUCCAUCUGCAGCUCAUGCGAUUUCAGUACGACCCAGUCACCGACUCCAACGUCAAAAUCAACGACAGGUACGAGUUUCCUUUCAAGUUAAAUCUUGACCCGUUUUUGAAGGAGCCAGAGCCCACACCGGCUGACUACACGUUGCACUCGGUGCUUGUACAUAGUGGGGACAACCACGGCGGUCACUAUGUGGGCUUCAUCAACCCAAACGGCGAUGGAAAGUGGUGUAAAUUUGAUGACGAUGUCGUCUCAAGAUGUACAAAGACGGAAGCCAUUGAUAAUAACUACGGUGGCCACGAAGAUGAUUUGUCAGUUAGACAUUGCACCAACGCCUACAUGUUGGUGUACAUGAGGGACAGCUGUAAAGCUGACCUGCUUCAACAAGUCACAGACGAAGAUAUUCCCGAGACAUUAAAGAGGCGACUACUAGAAGAAAAGAGAGUAGAAGCCCAAAAGCGCAAGGAGCGGACAGAGGCCCACCUGUACAUGACCCUGCAGGUUGCCACGGAGGACCAGCUGUACGGUCACCAAGGCAACGACCUGUGUGACUAUGACAAAAUGAAAUUCAGAGAGUUCCGUAUUCUGAAGAUGUCAACCUACCGGGACGUGAUGUCCUUGCUGUCGCAGGCGAUGGGUUACCCCGAGGACCAGAUGAGGAUAUGGCCCUUCAUUAGUCGCACUAACCAAACGUACCGACCCACCGUGCUGGAUCUGGACAAUCCUAACAAAACGAUACACGACAUAGCGGAUGGUGACAUUGUGUGGACGGUCUUCCUAGAGACACAGCUCGCCGAGUUCCCCAAUGCCAGCCUGCCUAGUUUCGACAAAGACAGUGAUGUCCUGUUGUUUCUGAAAAUGUACGACCCCAAACUGAAGAGAAUAUCAUUUUGUGGGCAUAUCUACCCACCCAUCAGCACAAAAGUCAGUGAAUUGCUGCCAGCCAUGUGCGAAAGGGCAGGCUUACCACAAGGAACUCCACUAGUACUGUAUGAGGAGGUAAAGCCCAACCUAACAGAGAAGAUUCCUGACCUAUCGUUACCGCUCGACAAGGCCUUGGAUGAGUUAAUGGACGGUGAUAUAAUCGUCUUCCAGAGAGACGACCCAGAGAUUUCCCAGUACGAGCUGCCCACAGCGAGAGAGUACUUCAGAGAUCUCUUCUAUCGGGUUGACGUGACUUUCUACGACAAGAACAACUCCACCGACCCCGGUUUCACGCUGAUGCUCUCCCAGAAGAUGAACUACUUCCAGAUUGCCAAGGCAGUAGCAGCUCAGCUAGACACAGACCCAAUGUUGCUGCAGUUUUUCAAGAGUCAGGGGCACAGGGAUGGUCCAGGUCACCCACUACGCUGUACAUACGACGGGACUCUGAGAGAUUUACUUUCAACUCUCAAGCCCAGACAACCCAAGAAGCUGUACUACCAGAAGCUGAGUAUAAAGAUCAACGAGCUGGAAAACAAGAGACAAUUCAAGUGCUACUUUGUCAACGCCAAGCUCAAAGAAGAGGAGUUGGUCUUGUACCCAAACAAAACAGACACCGUAAGGGAUCUACUAACAGAAGCUAAGAAAUACGUCAUGUUAGCUGAAAGCGGCACUGGCAAGCUCAGGUUACUGGACGUGAUCAGCAACAAGAUUUACCAGGAGCAUAAGGAGGACACCCUCCUAGAUCAUCUCAACCCAGCUGGUAGCAAAACCUAUAGAAUAGAGGAGAUUCCCACAGACCAACUCAACCUAGGGGACAGUGAGAUGCUUGUCUGUGCUGCUCACUACCACAAGGAUCUCUUCAGCACUUUCGGCGUGCCCUUCCUGCUUAGAAUCAAAGAGGGUGAAUUAUUCUCUGAUGUCAAAGAGAGAGUGAGGGAGAUCCUAGAUAUAUCAGAGAAGGAACUGGAAAAGAUCAAGUUUGCAAUAGUUGUCAUGGGCAGGCCAACAUAUAUCUCAGAAGAGAGUGAUGUCAGAGUGAACCUCAAGGAUUUCCAGCCACAGAUACACAGCAGUGGUACAGCACAACCCAGGCCGUGGCUGGGCCUUGACCACAUGAACAAGAACAAGAAGCCUCGAUUCAACUACUUUGAGAAAGCAAUCAAGAUCCUGAAUUAGUUCUGAAACACCCCCCCAGCUUGAGUACAUCCCAGUGUAGCUUUACUGGAACUCUCCCUCCCCACCCUACCAGUUUCAAGGUAUUAUAACCUCCUAGAAUCGAAAAAAAAAACAGCAUUCGCAAUAUAUAAAUUUCCAUCCUCAUUGUAGCGACACGUUUUUAUGAAAAGGGAAGAAAGUAAUCCAGUUUUUUUUUCAACCUACUUGCCUGAACUUUUUUUCAUGUUGAAAAUUUGGAAAAGAAAUUCUUGCAUUUGUACUCGCAAAAAUAAAUCGUUACGCAGAUUUAAUCAUUGAACUAUCACUAAACAUCGUAUGCUAAUGUACAGCGCACAGGUUAGCAUGAUUUGUGAGUAGUCUAACGACAUCUGAUAUUUUCACGUUCAGACGGAACAAUCUAUCAUUGGUCACAGAAUGAGCUAAUGCUACAUGGAGAUUUCAUUUGAAAGCCUGAAUAAUGCAGCAAACUUGCAAACACGGGGCUCCAGUUCACAUGCUGAACAGUACCAAUCAUCGAUCUCCUUAUUUUGAACAAACUGUUCUCAUACGUUAGCAAGACGGGCAAAAAGAAUGGAAAUUCUCAUUGAGAUUUCAAACAGUCUAUGUGCAAUUAUUCUGAACAAAAGACAAACACAGAUGGGUUAAGUAUUCAUUUUUAAGCUGUUGCAAGCUGUAAUAUAAUAUGUACAUGUGCAUUGGUUGGUUUUCUUGCCAAAGAUAGGAAAUCUUUGCGUUGGUUUUGGACAAGUUGUUCAUAAAAAUUGUACUAUGACUUGAGCGCAUUGCAGUGAUAAGCCCAUGUAUCAGAUGGGCUUGAAUAGAGGAAUGUGUCCAGAUGGACUGGUACCAGUGUUUUGAUGGUCCAUACUAAAGGUGAUCACUAGACGUCCAUUGGGUGCCAGGCCAAGAUGGCCAAUUUUUGGUCAGCUCAAGCAGAUUUGUCAGUCAAUUGUCUCAGUGUCUGUUGCCGUGUUGGUCACUCGGGCGCAGACAGAGACAUGCAAAGGAAAGAUGGCAAGAGGCAGGUAUUUCGAUUUGUAGCACAGAAGAUUUCUUUGUUCCCAGAUCUUGUUAUGAUUUUGGGAAAAGAGAAACCAAGUUUACUCCACACAGAAUGAUCAGGCUUCAAAUUAGGUGCUUGCAGAUUCUAAUAACAUUUUAGGAAGGAAGGCUUUGUGCCUGGACGUGUGAUGACAGCCCUCUAUAUACAGGACUCCAAGUUUAAAUCUCAGAAAGAGCCAAUCAAAAGCCGGAUGCAAGUCACUAUUUAUUUUUUUGUAAAUGAUAGCUAGAUGUAAAAGGAGAGUAGAAUCUCAAGUCAAAUAUACAUAUGGAACAAAUAAUGAUCUGUAUUUCAAACUCCUUUGAUUGGCACAUCACGAUAGCUGAUGCAGAAAACCAUAAUGAGUAAAAAAAGAACCUGAACAGCAUUUUCAGUUCUUUUUCUUGUAAUGGUAUUUUGAUGCAAUUUGAAAAGUACCGAUCACAAGUGUUGAUACGUGGAUACUUGUCUCAUUUCUGAGGAUAGUCAUGAUUUACCCUCAGGGUGUGCCUCUGAUUCAACAGUACAAGGUUGUGUCUGAAAUAUUACGGCUGUAACUACAAAUAACACAGGGUCCUAUGGAAGUCACUGUCUAGCUGCUGAGGCCUCUUGCUAUAGACCUUUAUUGUGGUGCUGCCAUGUUUGUCUUGUUCCCCAUAGACCCAUUGGCAGAUGUGAUACAACUUUCCAUGUUGAGGCAAGGGAACAGACUAUUUUUGCUUCCAGCCUCAGUUUGGUUACAUGACUUUGCAUGGUAGAAAAGCAAGCUGGCUGCCCCAUGAUAGAGGUCUGUAGGCGUGUAUGUUUCUCCCAGUCGCAGCCAGUUGAUAACCUGAUACAGAUACAGUCGCAUUCAAAAUGUUGGCAACUUCGAGCAUGCGGCACCUGCUCCACAAGCCAGCAGUGCCUUGCAAUCUCUCCAGCUUCAGCUUGAAGAGUCCAUGAAAUCAAGCAUGUAAAAAUCAUGGGGGAGGGUGAUUUCCAAUGUCUGGCUUCUUCUCUGUCUGAGGUUUCGUCUCUGAAAUCAUUACCACGCUUUUAGGCCAACAGUAUUCAAGUUGAAAAGGAAAACUUAGGUAUUUGAUCAACCUGCGGGUAGUUUAAAUGUUUUGUUGUUGGUGUGACUUAUUAUUGAGCUAACACUUUCAAAGUUAGGUUUCAAAUCAGACAAAGCCGUAAAUGGAGAAGAAGCUAAGUGUUGGUAAGACUUCCCAUGUGUGAGGGCAAGAGGGUAAGCAUUUUAGAUAAUUGCGUUUGGUAAUUUGCAAUGAAUAAAGCCCUGUUGUUUGUUUUAUUCUGUGUACAUAACUGCCGGCCCACGGUAACUGAGUUAUUUCAGCCAUUAGGAAACCCAUUUGUUUAUAAUUGUGGGGUUGAUAUUUGUACUGAUUGCGCCACCAUUAUUGUUUGCCAAAAAGAAAAAGCUAAAGAAAAAGAGAUCGGGAAAAAAAUUUUCCUGGAAAUCUCACCAGCAAAAUAGGUUGUAUGUAUAUAUAACGUGUAGAUUUUUUUAAAUAUAAAAACAAUUCUCGGUGUGGGCCAGUAUUCCCUUGUUAUUGUAUUUAAUAGUAAUUAAAAUGACAUGAGGCGUAAAUAAAAGCCAACUCAUUUCCAGGGAACACACCUGCUGCACCAUUUAAGUCUAAAUUCUGGGGAAAGUUGCUUGGUGAUCUUGUAUAAUCAUACAUAUAACUUCUUAUUAAAUGAAAUUAAACACUCCUAAAGAAAUCGCUAACACACAAGCAUACAAAACCUUUUUGCAAGCAGAAAUUGAUCCACAAUCAUUUCCAUUUCUACCGAUACCUUUUCCACUUUUUUUUUUCCAGUUUGCUGGUAACAGUUUUAGUCGCCUCACAAAAAGGUGUUCCAAAAAUCAGUUUCACUUUCAUUUUCGUAUCAUGUUGAUGAUGCCGACUGGUAAUGACUAAAUGAGCUUUUUAACCGUAUAACUUGCGCAACCAAAGUGGCAUGAGCUAUUUUUAGAAUUGAAAAACUGAAUAGUAACGAGUGAACUUCAUUUUUGGACCUUUCUCCCGUUAUUUACCUGUACUCAAACUGUGAUUUUAAGCCAAAGGACAGUCGAUGUCUGAAUUGGACAUUUUUCAGAUGUUUCUGCUUUUAUGUUCAAUUUGGAGAUUAGGUGUAGUUACUUCUGAAUGCCUGUUUUUAGAAAGGUCCCAAUGUAGCAUCAUAAAGUCAAAGAAAGAAACAAUACUUCGGCUGCCCCGUUUCUCCAGUUUCUUUUUCCACUGCUUUUGUUUACUUAAUUUCCAUUCUUUGGCUAUAACAUCAUUGGAAAGAUACCCCUAAGAAUACAUGAAAAGAUUCCACUUUUCUUGAACAGGAGGGAAUCAAGGCGAUGAUGAACAAGCCCCAAAUCAAGGGGGGGGGGAGGAACUUGAAAUAGAAAUGUAGUCUGUGUUUGUCUACCUACUGGUCACAUGAGAUUGAUGUCUUGUUUUAAUUUGGUUUAAACAGCAAAGAAAGGUUUCUUCAUAUUUGCCAUUGCUAGUUUCAAAGUCAACAUUUUAACUGAAACAUGUUUCAUGUUUCUGCAUGCCCCUUUCAUUCUGUAGGGCACUUUUGACUUAUUUUUUUCUUGGGGGAAGGAAGUGGCUCGAAAAAAUAUCUGUCAUUUGAAGUUGACUUUUCUUCCAGAGCCCUGUGCAUUUUGACCAUUUUGUUUCAACCAAAAUGUACAAUUUUAUUUUUGCUUAGCCUAGUUCCAUGUUAUAAACUUGUGUAAAACAAAACUUGCCCCCCCCCUUGAAAAUUGAUUAUAUUUACUGGAUUAUUACCGGUAUGUUAAAAAUGAUGUUGGACUAAUCCACCUGAUUUGGCUGCCGAGAGAUCAAAGGUCUGACUUAGUACUAAGCUACAACAAACUUUGACCUUCUCGGAAAGCAUGGCUAACGCUAAAUUGUCAAAAAGCUUGUGUGUGUCAAAAUGUAUGUUAUUGUGUUAAUACCGCAAUGCUUUUUUCUUUAAAAUGGCAAUUUCCUCAUGAUCAUAAAUAUAAAUGCUGCUUUUUUAAAACUCAUGCAGGAAAGGAACCAAUGUUAGAAAGGAUGUCGGCCAAGCCAUUGGAGUGCCGCGAAUCUGAAAAAAAAAUUUUCUUGGCACCGGCUUUUCUGUUUAUCAAAUGGGACGAGGGAUCUUCUAGAAUGCCUUAGUAGGUGUGCGAUGUAACCAAGGUUCCAGCUUCUUACAGCAUUGCAACACAGUUGUGUAGUGAUUUUCUUUAAUCUCCCCUGCCCCCCCCCACGACGAGAAAAGUGCGCAUAGUAAACAAAUGGGCUGUAAAUUGCCAGUCUUUUUAUUCUCGCUUGUGAUUUUUUUUCAGUGCACCUACCUAGCAAGCUCCCCAGAAAAAUAAUGAUCUCUUGUCUGUGACAAAGGUAUGCGCACGAAACACAAGCAGAGUGCACACAAGGCAAAGCAUUAUACAUGUAUAUAUACAUAAUUUGUGUGUGUAUGUAUAUGUGUAUACUAUUUUUGUUCUAAAUAUGGUUUGAUUUAGAUUACAUUAGCUCUUUUUUAUAUUGCACAUUUGGUAAUUAUUUAAUCCACUGUCAGAUGAAAGUCCGAUGACAGGAGUGUGAUGCACAUACGUGUAGACUGUUCUGGCUGGCUUGGCUCAGUUAAUAUAUUUGUAUUGUAAUUGUACAUAAAUUGAAGUUAUCAAAUUAUGAUGUAAUAGAAAGAGAACACCGGGAUAGGAAAUGUAAACCAAACGGUAUAGACCAAUAUUUGGGAUUAAGUUUUUUUUUGUUUAAUUGUAAUAAAAAAAUCACCUUGUAAAUGUGAA